AUGUGAUUCCCUCGCUUUGCUGCGAAAUGAUUAUAUACAAUGGUAGGGCCAGUAUUAUUUUCAUGCAAAACAAUAACAUUUUUUCAGCCAAAAGUGAUACAAAAAUUCACUAUGACAGUUGCAAUAUACCGGCUGUCCUUAGAAACCCUCAUAAACUCAGGAAAAUUUGCCUUACUUGUAAGUGGAUCUGAUAUAGCGCCUUCCUAUAGAUGGGGCGCAAUGCGCCAUCUAAUAGAAUUCGCUAUAUAUGAGGGAUACUGAUAUUUAAAGCCCGAAAAGAAGCAAUAUUUCCAGUGAUGAUUACUCCGAAGAAGCUUGCCAGAAAACCAACCCCAAGCUGGUCUUUUAGCGCACCAAAGCAUUUUAAAUUAUAG